AUGUUGGCAGAUUUCCAGUAUUCGAACAUGAUCGUGACAGUGCAACAGAUCGCAGAAUUUCUGUUCCUGCCAAAGGUCCUGAAUUUAACCACAAUAUGGAAGUUAUUUUUGCCUUACCUAGUAUGCAAUUACAUUUGAAAACUGAGCAUUUACAACCUGCAAGGCCUGUACCUGUUGGAGGACCAAAACCUUCAGUUGAUUGCAGUUUUGUCACAGAAUUUGAUGAUCAUAUAUUUGUAGCAGUUGAUGCUGAAGCUUUUUUCUUUUUGCAUGAUCUAAUAACAUCUUACAUCAAAGAGAAGGAAGUUGUUAGCACAUUUGGAAAAUCUCAUUCGCCUGAUAGUGAUAAAAAAUUAAAGAUGGCUGAUCCAACAGAGUCAUUUCAAAAGGAUUGGAGAAUGUAUGAAUGUCAUACAUGGCAUUUGGAGCCUACUGUUAGACUCUUAUCUUGGGCUGGUAAAGGAAUUGAGCCAUAUGGAGUUGAUUAUAUAUUACAAAAACUUGGGUUCGCCCAUGCGCGAGUUACAAUUCCAAAGUGGAUGCAAAGGGGUUGCAUGGAUCCACUGGAUAAAAUUCUAGCGGUUGUAAUGGAAAAGAUGAUAUCAGCCGUCAGAGAUGAUAAAGAUGACUCUGGUAGUAUUCUUAAAAAGUAACAGACCUUGGUACUUAAAAUCUCUAAGUAUAUCUAUAUAUGGUGUACAGUUAUAGAUGUAUAACAAAACUUUAAGCUUUAUUGUGAUUUUACAUUAGUGUUUGGUAUGAAACAUCCCUUCACUGAUUAAAGAUUGAGAUUUAUCAAAAUAUAUAAUUAUUGAGAUUUAGUAAAUAAUUAUAUAUUUAAUAUAUAUAAUUAUUUAGAUCUCUGGAGAUAUCUCACAAGCGUUUUUAGUUAGGAAUUUUUAAGUUUGAUGGUUGUGUAAAGUGUUUUUAUUUAAUUUAUUUGUUUGUUAAUUUAUGCUUAGUAUUUGCUUGUGUAUUUUUAAAUUAUCAUUAUUUAUUCAAAACUUUA